CCUUCUUUCUCGUCUCCAUCGAUCGUUCUCCUCUGUCGGUCGUCAUGUUGAAUGCGGUAACAAGAGCGGCAGCCGGGGUUUUGAGGGGAGUAAAAUCCUCCAAAACUCCCCAGCUUCUUCAAAAUGAAGCUUCAACUAUCAUUGGAGCUCUUGCUGGUACAUCAUAUGCGACUGCAGCACCAAAAGCAGCUGCUGGUGCAGGAUCCAAAGGAAAGGUAGUGGCAGUUAUUGGUGCCGUUGUGGACGUACAGUUUGAUGACAACCUGCCACCCAUCCUCAAUGCCCUGGAAGUCAAGGGCAGAACACCCAGGCUUGUACUGGAGGUUGCCCAGCACUUGGGAGAGAACACUGUACGAACUAUUGCCAUGGAUGGUACUGAGGGUCUGGUCAGAGGUCAGGAUGUCCUGGACACCGGUUUUCCCAUCAGGAUCCCUGUUGGAGCUGAGACUCUGGGCAGGAUCAUCAACGUUAUUGGAGAACCUAUUGAUGAGAGAGGCCCUAUUAACACUGACAAGUAUGCUGCCAUCCACGCUGAUGCUCCUGAGUUUGUAGACAUGAGUGUAGAGCAAGAAAUCUUAGUCACUGGCAUCAAAGUCGUAGACCUGCUGGCUCCUUAUGCUAAGGGAGGAAAGAUUGGUCUGUUUGGUGGUGCCGGAGUGGGCAAGACUGUACUGAUUAUGGAGCUGAUCAACAACGUUGCCAAGGCUCACGGUGGUUACUCCGUGUUUGCUGGAGUCGGGGAGAGGACCCGAGAGGGCAAUGACUUGUAUCAUGAAAUGAUUGAGUCUGGUGUAAUUUCUCUGAAGGACAAGACAUCUAAGGUAGCGCUGGUGUACGGACAGAUGAAUGAGCCCCCAGGCGCCCGUGCCCGAGUAGCUCUGACCGGACUGACUGUGGCUGAAUAUUUCCGUGACCAAGAAGGACAGGAUGUACUGCUUUUCAUCGACAACAUUUUCCGUUUCACCCAGGCUGGUUCAGAGGUAUCUGCCCUGCUGGGACGUAUCCCCUCCGCUGUAGGUUAUCAGCCCACUCUGGCCACUGACAUGGGUACCAUGCAGGAACGUAUCACCACCACCAAGAAGGGUUCCAUCACAUCAGUGCAGGCUAUCUACGUGCCUGCUGAUGACUUGACUGACCCUGCUCCUGCUACCACUUUCGCUCACUUGGACGCCACCACUGUACUGUCCCGAGCCAUCGCCGAGCUGGGCAUCUACCCCGCUGUCGACCCUCUGGAUUCCACCUCCCGUAUCAUGGACCCCAACAUCAUCGGUGCUGAGCAUUACAACAUUGCCCGAGGUGUCCAGAAGAUCCUCCAGGACUACAAAUCCCUACAGGACAUCAUCGCUAUCCUGGGUAUGGAUGAAUUGUCUGAAGAGGAUAAGCUGACUGUUGCCCGAGCCCGUAAGAUCCAGAGGUUCCUGUCACAGCCCUUCCAGGUGGCUGAGGUCUUCACCGGCCACGCUGGCAAGCUGGUGCCCCUUGAGGAAACUAUCAAGGGAUUCAACAAAAUCCUGGCUGGAGAGUUAGAUCAUUUACCUGAGGUCGCUUUCUACAUGGUCGGCCCGAUUGAGGAGGUGGUUGCCAAGGCUGAAACUUUGGCCAAGUCAGCUUAAACAAACCAAUGAUAGUAUGCAUUUCCUGACUGAAGCCUCUUCAGCUCCAACUAUUAUUUUCACCAUGUGAAUAUUGUUGAAGAAGAGAAAGUAGAACGCAAAUAAAAAAAACAUUAAAUUUCCAUUACUUUAUGUUCAAUUUAACACAGAACUUGUCACUUACUUUUUAAUCAAAAGCUAUGUUUCGAAUUAGCCUUGUUUACCGCAUUGUUACUGUAUUCCCACAAGUAAUUUAAUGAAAUGUUUAUCGGUAUUUGUUACUUUAUAUGUUAUUAAAGGUGGAAACAUCUUCCA